ACUUCAGUUGGCGAUUAGAGACCGAGCCACUGCCUGGCGCAGCCAGGGCAGGAAUCAGCUGGAAAGUUAAAUUUGGGAGUCAACAUCGAUUCCAUCCAUGGGUUCCUCAGCAUCCACUCCAUCUGUUUCAGUUCAGACCCCAAAUGCUUCAGAUCAUCAGCCAGCAUCACAACCUUCAGGAUGCCCAAUGCAUGAAAGGAAAAUGAAAGGCUGCCCAAUGAGUGCAGCACCAUCUGGCUCAACUUGUGAAAACAAAGCAUCAUGUGUGCCUGCCCACCAAGAACGUGCGUAUGAAUAUGUGGAGUGUCCUGUUACUGGUGCUGAGGCUAAGAACAAGGAGAACCUGGAUCCCUCAAAUCUGAUGCCACCACCUAAUCAAACACCGGCCCCAGACCAGCCAUUUGUAUUGUCUACUGCCAGAGAGGAGUCAUCCAUUUCGAGAGCAGAUUCAGAGAAAAAGUGGAUUUAUCCUUCUGAACAGAUGUUCUGGAAUGCAAUGUUAAGGAAAGGGUGGAAGUGAAAGGAUGAGGAUAUUAGUCAGAAAGACAUGUAUAAUAUCAUUAAAAUUCACAAUCAGAAUAAUGAACAGGCUUGGAAGGAGAUUUUGAAGUGGGAAGCCCUUCAUGCUCGGGAGUGUCCUUGUGGUCCGUCACUGAUCCGAUUUGGAGGGAAAGCAAAAGAAUAUUCACCAAGGGCAAGAAUUCGUUCUUGGAUGGGGUAUGAAUUGCCUUUCGACAGGCAUGAUUGGAUCAUCAACCGUUGUGGGACUGAAGUUAGAUAUGUGAUCGAUUACUAUGACAGUGGCGAGGUCAACAAGGACUACCAGUUUACCAUUCUGGACGUGCGUCCCUUCGAUUCGCUCUCUGCAGUGUGGGAUAGAAUGAAGGUCGCUUGGUGGCGCUGGACUUCAUUACCACUGUUUUGUUCAUGAUGAAAAAGAUAUAGACUAUUUUUUGGAGAGAUACAUUAAACUAUUAUCCCAAAUUGAAUUGCACUCAUGAUGUCAUGGGAAUUUCAAGUGGGUAAUCACACUUGAUCCUUCACUUAGUGAAGGAUGCUAUGUUCCAUUAACUUUUGAGUCGCCUUUUUGCCUUGCAGUUUUUAGCAGAUCAUUUUAAGUUUUCUUCCCACUUGAACUGAGUGGAAAGCAGUCUCUCAGUUUUUCUUUUAACUGUAAUAUUACCUGUGUAUCUUAUUUACAAAAGACUGAACAGUUUGUGAAAAAGAGAUUUUAAAAAGUAAUAAAAUCUGCUUUUUUGCUUACUGUUUUCUCAGGAAUACUGAUUCAAAAGUCAGUGUGACACUCAAGCUUUUACCUGGUCAGACAUUUCAACUCAAACUGUUCAUUACAAAUAAGAAAUAAUCAUGGCUUUUAAAAAGUGAAUAGUAUUUCUAAAGUCCCUACAAUGUAAUAGUGACCCUAAACACAAUGCAGAGGUAAUGCACUAAACAAGACUAAGGCGUGGAUUAGCUCUCCAAGUUCUUGCUUACAUGAAUUUUUCAGACUAGACCUUCGUACAGAAGUUUCAGCCUACUGUGAGGUGAUGAUGCACACACUUUGGAACAUUUAUUUUAACUUAUAAAAUAUUAUGCUUCUAAUUCUGGUUGUUCUAAUAUGUAACUGCUCCUAAAAAAUAUCAUUGUCCCUGGCAUUUGACAAGUUAUCCCAACUUUUGAGUCCCAUUUCUUCCCCGUCCUAGGAACCUUCUCCCAGUCAGCCUAAUUCAAACCUUUAAAGCCUAACUCAAGUCACAGUGGCAGUGAUGGUCCAUCCCUCUCUAAAACGUGUUUAUACUUGGCUGUUAAAAUUCAGAACAAAAAUAUUUUUCUCAGAUGUAGAAUGUUUGCAUCAAUUUACUGUCUCGGUAUUUUUUAUUGUUUUAAGGAAACUAAAUUUGCUGUUGAAAUUCUUUUGUAUCAAUAAUUCAUAAACUGCUUGUUCUAAUUACAGAAGCAUGUGACAAGUGACUAUUGCUUUUUUUUAAGUAUUGAUAAUAUUAAGUCCUUUAAUUUAUCCUGUAUUGUUAAAUUAGUAAAUGAAGUUGGCAGUCUUUGAGUGAUUAAUUUGGUUAUGGAUUUCUUUGCUGUGUCAGUUUUGCAUGAAGUUUCAAAACUGCAACAACUUUAAAUUCUGCAAGUCAAAAUUUUUGUAUUUUUAAAUAU